GCCGCUCCACCUUAAGUACACUCUUUCAUCUUUGCCGCUCCACCUUAAGAGCGCUCCGUUCGUCUACGCCGCUCCACCUUAAGUGCACUCUGCCCCGCUCCACCUUAAGUGCGCUCCGUUCAUCUUUGCCGCUCCACCUUAAGAGCGCUCCGUUCGUCUACGCCGCUACACCUUAAGUGCACUCUGCCCCGCUCCACCUUAAGUGCGCUCCGUUUAUCUUUGCCGCUCCACCUUAAGCGCGCUCCGUCCGUCUACGCCGCUCCACCUUAAGCGCGCUCCGUUCAUCUGCCCCGCUCCACCUUAAGCGCUGAACGCAGGCGUAGAGCGGGGCUUCCGCUUCAGCUCGGAGCAGAGCGGAGAUCAGCUCGGAGAGCAGCAGGAGGAGCGGCGGCGGCGGAGAACAGCGAGCGGCGGCGCCGCGGGGCGGGAUCGGCGCUCGGUGUCCGGAGGAGGAGGCGGAGGAGGAGCCGCGCGGACACGGAGCCAUGUCGGAGCCGCGCUACCGAGACUGGAUCCUGGAGACCAUCGACUCGCUGCGCUCGCGGAAGGCGCGUCCGGACCUGGAGCGGAUCUGCCGGAUGGUGCGGCGGCGGCACGGCUCGGACCCGGAGCGCACGCGCGCCGAGCUGGAGAAGCUGAUCCAGGAGCGGACGGUGCUGAAAGUCAGCUACAAGGGCUCCAUCUCCUACCGGAACGCCGCCAGAGUGCAGCGGAAGGGCCGGAGGACCGACGGCGGGCUCGCGCACGACGGCGCGAGGACUAAUAAUAGCAGUAAUAACGCCGUUAAUAAUAGCGGUAAUAACAGCAGCGGGAGCGCUAACUGCGACGGGAACAGCCGGAGCGGCGAGCGCGUGCUCGGUCCCGCCGAUCGCGAGCACGAGCAACAAAAGCCCGAGCCCUCGCGCUCGGAGAGUUCUGCAAAGUCGUCGCGCGAGAGCUGCGGCGGAGGGGGCUCGAGCGCCGCCGAAGCGCGAGAGCGGCAAACUUGCGGCGAGAGCGACGCCGGGCGCGAGAGUCUGUCCGCUCGUGCAGCCGCCGCCGCCACCGCCGCCGCUGGUGGUGGUCACGCGCUGCUGGGACUGAGGGAGAUCCUGGGCUGCCUCAGCGCGCGCGAGCAGGACGAGACGCUGACGCGGCGCCGCGCGCGAGCCCUGCAGCUGGAGCGCGAGAUGCUGGAGAAGAAGAAGAAGAACAGCGUGAAGAAGAACAAAGCGAUGGUGAUGAUGAUGAUGACGAAGAGCAAGAACAAAGCGGGCCGCGUGCAGCAGGGGCAGCAGCGCGGGGCAGCGGCGUGUGUGCUCGCGCACACCGGCUCGGGAGGAGGAGGAGCAGAAGGCGCGCGACUGUCCAAGAAGAAGAAGAAGAAAAAGAAGAAGAAGAAGAAGCAGAGCGGAGGAGGAGGAGGAGGAGGAGGAGGAGGCGGCGCGCGGGACGACGAGAGCAAGGAAGAAGAGAAGGAUGAAGAGCCGAUGGAAACUGAGAGUGAGGAGGAGGAGGAGGAGGAGGAAGAAGAGGAGGAGGAGAAGGUGGAGGAAGAGGAUGAAAGUCCCACACCAGUUGACCCCCAGACAACCAAGAGUGAAGGUCAAGCAGGAGUCACGAGUCAAGAGCACAGCCCACUUUCAGUCAGUCUGGAGGUGAAGCCGAGUGAUAUCGCUCAGCCAGCGACGAUGCCAGAGGAGACACGCCCACCUUUGUUGUUGGCAUCACCACCACCAGCAAAACUCAAUGCCUUUCAUCAGGACGCAGAUAGUGAAGGAGACACAACGAUUCAGGUGAGACCUUUUGGCACAGGAAGUUUGAGAGAGGAGCAAAGAGCAGCCAUACCAAACCAACUGCAGACCAAUAUACAGAAUCAAGCAGUUGUGGUGCCGGACAGUGUGAUGGUUCCUUCUCCCAUUCCCAUAAAAAGUUUUCCAGGCUGUAAGACGGAAGUGGGUGUGUCCUCAUGUCUACUCACCCCCUCCGCCUCCCCAGGAGCAGCUGAGGAACGAGGGAUGAAUGGAGGAGUGUUUGUGAAGUCGGAGUCUACCAUCGUGAAUCCAGUCGACUGGACAGUAGCAGAUGUAGCCAGCUAUUUCACAGCUGUGGGAUUUCCAGAGCAAGCUCUUGCCUUCAGGACACAGGAAAUAGAUGGGAAGUCCCUCCUGCUGAUGCAGCGCAACGACGUGUUGACCGGCCUGUCCAUUAGACUUGGCCCAGCCCUAAAGAUCUACGAGCGCCACGUGAAGGUUUUGCAGAGGACCCACUUUCAGGACGACGGAGAGUUCUGUUGAAACACACACACACACACUUUAUCAUCCUCGUCCUGCUCCUAUGAGGAUAUAAACCAAGGAGCGUAAAAGCCCUGGAGGAAACUCUGUCCUCUAUAAACUGACAGAAACAAAGCAGAUCACGUUCAACCUAAAAUAAACUUCCGUGGGCAGCUGAUCUUGUUGUGUGAUGGUGGCAGCAGUUAACGACUCAUCUAAUGAACUUUGCUGAUGGAUGUAUUUCAUCAACUGACCUUGUGGAUGCUUGUGCCCUUCAACAGGGGGCAGCAAACACCCGAACAAACAUGAAGGAUCAUGGAGAAAGAGAACUGGCCAUUAGUUCUGGAGCAUGAAAUCACAGUGCUUUUCUGAUCAAUUCAGUGGAUCCAGAGCUGUAUCGGCUCUGACUUUGAUGAUGGAUCGCUUGCCUCUGAGAUCUUCACUCUUCACUGGAUGAUACGAAAUAGAACACAAAGCAGGAAUUUUCCUUUCGUGCCCAGAAUUGAAAAUAUUUGUGGGACAUUUUCAUGAAAGUAGCAUCAAAAUACACUCUUAAAAAACAUAUUCACAGAUUCAUUAGUAAAGGCAGUGAGUUUAAAUAUAUGAUUCAAAGAACCAUCUGAAUGGUUCUUUGCAUGGUUUGUUGGCUCUUCUCUGUGAUGGAGAACUUGUUGUAUAUCACUGUUGUUGGAAGAAAACCUCGUAUCUCUGUUUUUGUCAUUUUUCAGUUUUUGACAUAAUUUGAAAAUAUCUGUUACCCUUUUGUGAGUAUGAAUGGGCUAAAAGAAAUGACCCAAAAUGACUUGGAAAAAAUUCUGGUUCCACUGAAUUACAUUAAAAGUAAAGUAGGUUUUUUCCUUCUCCUGUAAAGUUUUUUAGAGAUUUGAGAUUUUCUUCCAAUAACAGCGAUAUGACUCCGUUCUUCACAGCACCAAAAAGGGUUCCAAAAUUGUCACAUUAGGUCAUAAUACCUUUUUUGGUUCUAUAUAGAACCUUUUUUGCAAAGACUAUGGAUUCUUCAAGAAUGGAUUUACCUUUUUAAAAGGCACCGGUGGGCCCAAAGUUCUAUUACACACUUCUAUAACUUCUAAGAAUACACACUCAAAAUGCUUAGUUCCUCAAGGGUUCUUUAGUAAAGAAAACGGUUCCUAAUAGAACUAUGAACACUCAAAGGACCACUUACAUGAUUAAUUGGGUCUCUGCAUGGUCAAAUGG